UAGUCCGUUAGUUAACGUUACAAGUCACAAAUUAAAACGGUUCAGGUCAGGUCACCUGAAUGUUGGAUUGUUAACUUAGAUUGCUACUAAACCUAUUACGUUAACUUCAGUUAUCCGAAAAGUAACCUACAAGCAUAUUUAAGAUGGAGAGGGAGCGAGGUUUUAACUUCAGACUACUGGUCCCACCAAGAAGCAAUAACGUUACAGGACAGGUCUCUGCAGUCAAGCCUCAAGAUAUUUUUGAAGACACUGGCAGCUGCGGUUUUGAGAAGGUAGCAUCAGAGAAGGGUUUCAACAAAUGUUUUGAGAAGGAGCUUAACAUGCCAUUUACUAGCAAUGGUAUGACUGUGAAGUUGCCGACAAAACCAAAUAGGACAGAUGUAUCAAAGAAGAUAGCUGUUAUGCCGAUGGAGAAAGAAGAGAUGCCAGUAAAAUCUAGUCAGUUGUAUUCUAAACUUUUUGAAGAAGCGGAAAAGAUAAAAAACUGGAAGUCCAAACUAGACUCAGAGGUCUCACAGAAAGACAGGAAAUUGCAGGAAAAUAAAAGAACAAUUGAAACCCAGCGCAAGGCAAUUCAGGAAUUACAGUUUGAAAAUGAAAGUCUCAGCAUGAAACUAGAGGAACAAAUCAAUGAAAACACAGACCUGAGGAAUAAGACUAAUGCCACCAGAAAUUUGUGCAAUAUACUUAAAGACACAUUUGAAAGAUCUUCAGAGAACAUUAAUUUAUUUGAAACUGAAAGAGAAGAAACGCAUCAUCUCUUCAUGCAAAACAGUGAGACUAUUCAGCGUAUGAUUGAUGCCUUUGAAGGGCUUCGGAUUCAAGCAGAGCAUGACCAGCAAGAAAUGGCAAGAGUCAGAGAGGGCCUACAACAGUUUGAGCAUCUAAAAGAAACAUUUGAAAAGGAAUUCAGUUUGAAAGAAGAGGAGGUUCUAACUCUUCAAACAAAACUUGCUAGUAAAGAAAAUGAACUUAAGGAAAUCUCUAUCAGCCUACAAGAUAUCCAAGUGAAGUGCAAUCGUCUCAAUGAGGCAGAAGCCCAACAUAAAGAAAUGCUUCAGACAUCUAGAGAAGAGCAGGACAUCCUUGCAGAGAAACUACAAAGGACAGAGGUACUUCUCAAAGAAAGUGAGGAGAAAACAGCAGCCAUUCUGCAUACACUGGAGCUCACUAAACAGGAGCAUGAAAAGAUGAUUGCUGAGAAGGUGGUUAAGCUGGAGGAGCUGAUUACAAUCCAGGAACAGCAGGCAGAUCAACUUUCUGAACUCCAACAGACAGUUCAGGCUUUGCAGGACUCCCUAGCAACUGAGAAGCAGAGGGUAGAAGAACUGGAGGUCAUGCUUACCUCAGCAUCAGAGAAACUUAACCAGAAAAACACAGAAUUUGGCAAAAUCACUGAACAGAAGGAAGAAGCAGACAAUCAUAUACAAAUGCUUAAAACUGAAUUGGAGGAAAAGUGUAAGUCAGUUGUGACUUUGGAAGAGCAGAUAGAAACAAAUGAGACCCAAAUACUAGAACUCACCAAAGAGGUUGAGAAGAUAAAUGGUGAAAUCCUUCAAUUGCAGAGCAAAGUGACCAUCAUGUCUGAUGAACGUGAGGACUUGGAGAAAACCCUUGAAACAGCUAUGAAUGAACAGAAGACCUUGAGGGAAAUCACACAACAAAUGGAGACUAAGCUACAAGACUCUGAAGAACAGUUAUCAGUUGCCCAAAGAAAGGAAGUAGAGUCAGAAAAGGAAAUAGAGAGACUGAAGAAGGACACUGAGAAACAUGAGGAGGAAUGUAAGAAACUGACAGAAAAUAUGAAUCAGCUGAUGAUACAGAAGAACACAAUUCAGCAACAAGUGAAAGGGAGCACAUCUGAGACUAAGGCUCUUGAAGGCCUUCUCAAGGAAAGUAAAGUUAAUGAAGAGAAGAGUAAGAAUGAAAUUGUACGUCUAGAGGAGGAAAAACAGGAACUGAAAGCAGAAUUGAAAGUACUCCAUACUAAAAUUGAAGAGCAGCAUCAACAAACUGAAGAACUUAAGGAGAAGCUUGAUGCAUGUAGUAAAACUUCACAGAAUGAAGCAACUAAAAAGGACAAGCAAGUGAAAGCUUUAGAGCUUAAGCUCGGUACUUUGAAAACAAAAUUAGAGAACAAAACUAAAGCACAUGAUGACAUUCAGAAAGAGAAGAAAGGCCUUCUGAAGCAGAUCAGCACAAAUAAUGAAGAAAAGACUCAGCUAGAAAAAGAGAUAACUCAGUUUAAAGAGGAGGCGCAGAGGGUUCAGAGGUGCCAUGAGGAGGAACUUCGGAGAGUCAGCAGUGACCUUACUGCCAAAUCAGGCUCAGAGGUGAAGAAAUUAAAACAAGCAGCUGCUGAAGCUCUGAAAAGCAAAGAAGAUACAGAGAUUAAAUGUCAACACAAGAUAUCAGACAUGGUCGCAUUAAUGGACAAGCACAAGAAUCAAUAUGACAAUAUGGUUAAGGAGAAAGACUCUGAGCUUGAGGAGAGGAUGAAGAAGGCCAUUGAGAUUAGUGCCAGUAAAACAUCAUUAGAACUGGAGCUGUCCCAGUUGCAAAUUCAGAAUGGACACAUAAAACAACAGCUUGACAAUGAAAAAAAAGAAAUGGCACGUCUUACUCAAGAAGUGAAGGAACUCAAGACAGCCCUGAAAUCACAGAAAAAUGACCAUAAGCAAAUAGAGGAAAACCUGGAGAAAGACAUUACAAAUUUGAAAAAACAAAUGAAAUCGUUAAAAAAAGACAAACAUCAAGUGAUACCUGAAAUAAGUGCGCCAGAGUUGUCCAGAAAAGUCCAAAGAGGUUUGGCCACACCAAAAGUGUCUACUUCUAAGAGGUCGGCGUUUUCAACAACAGAAAUGGAAAAUGACCCUUUCUUUGCAACGCCAUCCAGACACGCAACCAUAAAAGUAUUUGAAACGCCUCAAACAAAUGUAAAAGAUGUCCUCCAGACCCCAUCCAGGACCUCGGGGAGUAAAAUUGGAACCACACCUCGAAUUAAAUCUUUCAGAAUCCGAACCCCACCCUCAAGUGAAAAGUCUGUGCCAUGGCAAAAAAACACUUUAGAGCUAGACCCCAAAUCAGAUAGCUCAGAAGCAACUGACUUACUGGGGUUUGAACAUGCCACGCCAAGCCAUUUUUCAGCACCACUGAAGAAAACUUUGGCUCUCGACAUAAAGACUCCAAGUCCAGCUAUCCAGAAAUCUCCAGGAGCAGCAUUGAAGCUGGCUGCUAUGAAGAGAAUGAGAGAUGCUGGGUGGACAGCUGUUGCCAAUUUGGACAGAAAGAAAAAGAGAGAAACAGAGAAAAUCUUUGCUUAGGACAUUUUCAGAGUUAAACUUUAAAGUGGCAUACUAAUACUGAAGGAUAAAUCCACUGACAAAGAGGUUUUAAACAUUUAUUUACUGGACUAUUUACAGUUAUUGCACUUUGUUAUUACAGU